AUGUCUCCCGGCAAGGAGACUGGAUCCGCUAAGAAGGCCGAGCAGAAGUCUACCAAGAGCCAGCGAAUCAGCAAGCUUGAGAGCACUCUCAAGGAGGUCCAGGCUGAGAAUGCCAAGAACAAGAUCAUGCUUAGUUCCGUCCGGGCUAAGCUGGACUCUCUCCAGCUCCAGAUCGACCGCCACCAGUCUGGCUUUGAGUACCUGGCUGACUCGUCCGAGAAGCUGCGUGACAGCCUCCGUGAGGAUUCAGAUCAUUCGCCGGAGACAAACCCUCCCAGUAAUCUCCAACCGUCGCUAACCCCGUUGUUGACAAUGGCAGCCGAGACUUGGGUGUCGCAAGGAAAUGAUUCUCCUAGAGCUGGACAAGACACUCCAGCGGAAUCCAAACUUGUGGUCUCUGUUUCGUGCGAGAGGGAAGAAUUCGUGAUUUUGUGA